GGUGGCAGCGCCGGGCGGCGGCGGGGACCCUGGCUGGGAGCGCGGCGGUGCCGGCGGGAGGCCGAGCGGGGCUCGACAGAGCAGGAUCGAGAUGACCACAGCCACCCCUCUGGGGGAUACCACCUUCUUCUCACUGAACAUGACCACCAGGGGAGAAGACUUCCUGUAUAAGAGUUCUGGAGCCAUUGUUGCUGCCGUUGUGGUGGUUGUCAUCAUCAUCUUCACCGUGGUUCUGAUCCUGCUGAAGAUGUACAACAGGAAAAUGAGGACGAGGCGGGAACUAGAGCCCAAGGGCCCCAAGCCAACCGCCCCUUCUGCCGUGGGCCCAAACAGCAACGGCAGCCAACACCCAGCAACUGUGACCUUCAGUCCUGUUGACGUCCACGUGGAGACACGAUGACCUCUACCCUGGUGCUAUCUCCACCACUGUCCAAAGAGCCUCUCCAGAGUCAAGACCCAGAGGCACACUCUCUGGCAGCUUCACAAUGAGCUUCUUCUGGUCAGGUCGACAGAGACAUCUUUGACGCAAUCUCUGAUGCUUCCAGCAGUCCUCAACCUUGUCUGCCCUGCCCUACCCCAACUGUGUCCACAUCCCUGCUGCCACCCCACCAAAAAGCUGCAGAACAUUCUUUUGUCAUCUGAUGAGGUAGAGCUAUGUUGGGAAUCCACCAGUGUGGGCUUGGCUUUCCCCCACACUGUAGUUAGACAGAUAGACAGAUAGCCCAGGAGCCAGGUGUCAGGGAGCACUGCUGAGAGUAUCACAAUAGGAUCUGUCACGGGGUUCAUAUCAGAUGAAGCGCCGUAUCCACAGCUUCAGAGAGCAAAACAUUCAAUCCCAUAACCAGGCACAGGGGAACUAACUUGGACUAACUAAACAGAAAACCUUGUUAACGUAUAACUUGUUCCAGUACUACAUCUCCGCCUGCUGGCUCAUGACAAUUGCUCAGCACAUUUUCCCCUCUUGAAGAAAGGUUGCAGAAGAACUAAAUUAUCCUCAAAAGAUUUCUGCUUCAUUAGUAAAGAGUCAGUGACGGAAUAGGGUGACUCUGCAGAAUAGUGGCCUCUAGGGUAGGAGCUUGUUGUGUUGUCCGUGGGCCUGGAACGAUCCUGGUGGCUGAUCAGGGUCCUUCUCCCACUCUGGACUGUAUCAACCCUGACUGUCUUGGUCCUUGGCUCCCCUUUAUCUGGAUUCUGAGCACCCCUGACUGUCCUGUUAACGCUUUCCCUCCAAGGACCAGUAUUUGGAGAUUAAUUAGAUUACAACUCUAUCUAUGUUACCUUUGUCCUUCCUGGUCACCUUGCAGAUUCAAGACAUGUUCAAAGCAACACAUUCACAACCCAUUUCUAUUCUAUAGCAACCUCGUCUGUGACUCCUUAGCCUGGAGAACAAUCUACCAAGAAGAGAAAGUAUCUGGAAUUAAGAAGUCCUACCAUCCAAGCCCUACUUCCUGGUUAUGUGGCCUUGGAAAAGUGACUCAACCUCUUUAUAUUCAGUUUCCUAACCAUGAAGUGGAAAUGAUAACACCUGCCUCACUGGGGCACUAUAACAAGUGAAGGACUUAGGAAAACAUCCGGAGUAUAGCGCCUGGCACCCAGGAGAUGCUUAAUAAAUGGGAACCAGGAUUCUUUUUCUUUUCUUUUUUUUUUUUUUUUGAGACAGAGCCUCAAUCUGUCACCUGGGCUGGAGUGCAGUGGCACGCUCACAGCUCACUGCAGCCUUGAACUCCUGGGCUCAAGGGAUGCUCCCUCCUCAGCCUCCAGAGUAGCUGGGACUACAGGUAUGUGUCACCUCACCAGGCUAAUUUUUUUAUUUUUUAUUUUUGUAGAGAUGGGGUCUCGCUGUGUUGCCCAGGCUGGUCUUGAACCCCUGGCCUCAAGUGAUCCUUCUGCUUUGGCCUCCCAAAGUGCUAGGAUUACAGGCAUGGACUACGGUGCCCAGCCUUGGAGCCAAUAUUGUUAUUAUUAUAGGCUUUUUUUUCAGUUGCAAGACAGACAUUUCUUCACAUUUUAAUGAUUCUGAAAUCAGAACAUAUCUUGCAAUUGAUGGGUUCAUUAAUAUAAUUGUAGUUCUUUACUUCCUCUCAAAAAGUUGUGAUCUUAUAAUUGAUGGCAUCUUGGAAACAAGGUAAUAAAUCUCUAUUCUGUUAAAGAAAGUGACACACUUUGACAUUUAACCUCAAAUUUUAGGAGUCUCUCCCUCUUGGGGUCAGAAAUCCCUUCUGAGGCCGGGUGUCGUGGCUCAUGCCUGUAAUCCCAGCACUUUGGGAGGCUGAGGCAGGCGGGUCACUUGAGGUCAGGAGUUUGAGACCAGCCUGGCCAACAUGGAAAAACCCUGUCUCUACUAAUAAUACAAAAUUUAGCUGGGCAUGAUGGCAUGCACCUGUAAUCCCACUACUAGGGAGGCUGUGGCAUGAGAAUCACUUGAACCUGGAAGGCAGAGGUUGCCGUGAGCCCAGAUCGUGCCACUGCACUCCAGCCUGGGCAACAGAGUGAAACUGCAACUCAAAAAAAGAAAAAUCCAUUAUGAGGGGAAAUCAAGAGUCAGGGAGGUAAGAGGUCUGACCCAGGGUCACACAGCUCAUGACAUCCCACUGUAAAAAUACUCUGUGGAAUAGCUCUGGAGAAAUACUGGCACAUUCUUCCUCUCUGGUCAUUAUUUCUUCCUACUGUGUUUAAAUAUCCACCAAGUGUCAAGGACUUUGUAAGAUGCUUUCACAUAAAUUAUCUCAUAGGAUUAAAUUUUCCCAAAAACCUGGGGAGGAAUUAUUUUUUCCAAAACAGAUGAAAAUUUCUGAUUCAAAAAGAAAGAAAACAGAGUACUUUCCCAAAGUCACACAGCUAGUAAGUCACAAAGACAAGACUCAAAACCAGGUCUCUUGACUCCAAAAUCUGUCUUUUUUGUGAAGUCACAGUCCUCUGCCGGCCCGGCUCAAAGCAGCACAGAUUCUUUAUGGGCUGAACAAGGGGAGUACGGGCUUGUCCAUGUGUUUGAGUAGAGAUCAGGGUUCUGGCUUCCAGGCCUAAGGUGAGGGAAAAGCCACUUCUAACUCCUUUGGGCAUCCAUGCUCACGGCCAAAAGAGCCCCUUCUCAACACAUCCAAGUGCUAAGGAUUCCUGCUUCAUUCAAGCUACUACUUAGGCCCAAGGAGCAAGGGGUAGAAUGGCAUCUAACCAGAGCAAAGCCAUUUCUUUGAGGGCUCAAGCCAUAAACAAAUAUGCUCCCCUAAACAUAUUCGGCUUGAAAAAGUUGUUUUGGGGCAGCUGUGGUGGUGCACGCCUAUAAUCCCAGCCCUUUGGGAGUCAGAGGCAGUCAGUCACUUGAGCCCAGGAGUUCAAGACUAGCCUGGGCAACAUGGCGAAACCUCGUCUCUACAAAAAAUACAAAAAUUAACCAAGCGUGGUAGUGCACGCCUGUAUUCCCAGCUACUUGGGAGGCUGAGGUAGGAGGAUGGCUUGAGCCUGGGAGGCAGAGGUUGCAGUGAGCUGAGAUCACGCCACUGCACUCCAGCCGGGGUGACAGAGCCAGACCCUGUCUCAAAGCAUAUUUCAACCCUAAAACUAGACUCUUCUGCCCACAGUGCAGUCUUCUAGGCGUUACCCUCUGGUAUAUGUUCUUUUGCUAAAUGAAGGCUUGGAGUUGGAGGGAAGAAGGGGAGACGGAGUGGUGAGGGCGAGGCAAAUAAAAGGAUUUGAGUGUCUCAUUUUUGACUAAUGAAGAUAAUUCAAUAAACAUCCUGUAAGAAGGGUUCCUAUGUGCAAGUUGAGGUGCUACUAAGUACAUUAAGACACAAUUGCUGUUCUCAAGGAGUUAGCAGCUGGUCUCAUGCGGGGAUUUCACCACAUGGUUAUGUAUUUUGUUUCUGAUGAGGUGCCUUUCUUAGCAGAUGCUGCCUUAUUUGGCCACUGAAACAAUCAAAGCUAAUAAAUGCUUAAAGAAAAAUAUCUGACAAUAAAAAGGUUUAAAUCAAAAGUGUUGAGUUUAUUUCAGUUAAGUUUAGAGCUAACAAAUACCUUUUCUAAAAUUUCCUUUCCCUGACAAAGUAAAUAGAGUCCUAAGAUGGCCGGGCGUGGUGGCUCAUGCCUGUAAUCCCAGCACUUUGGGAGGCCGAGGUGGAUGGAUCACUUGAGGUUAGGAGUUUGAGACCAGCCUGGCCAACAUGGAGAAACCCUGUCUCUACCAAAAAUACAAAAAGUAGCCAGGUGAGGUGGCGGGCACCCAUAAUCCCAGCUACUUGGGAGACUGAGGCAGGAGAAUCGCUAGAACCCAGGAGACGGAGUUUACAGUGAGCCAAGAUCGUCCCACUGCACUCCAGCCUGGGCAACAGAGCAAGAAUCUGUCUUUAAAAAAAAAAAGAGUCCUAAGGGGAAGUCUUUUCAAACAUUGUGUCAUUUGCUUCAUCACUUUUAAAGACUGAAGAUGGGCUGGCUGUCAACAGACAUUUCUGUGAGUUGGAAAACUUGUUAACUUGCUCAGAUAUGACAAAAGAAAUCCCAUUUCACAGCCUGUAGUUAGAACACAAGAGGCACUGAGAUGCCAAGGAUGGGGACUGCUGGAAUUGUUGGAGACCUUAGAAUGAACCCUAAAACACCAGUAAUGAUGUUUACCAUAAAUGAAGCUCCUACUGUGUGCCAGGCAGAGAAUAGGCCCUUUAUAACCACCAGCAACUUUAAUCCUUAUAACUCCUAUCCAUAGGAGCCAUCAUUAUCCUAUUUUAUGGAUCAGGAAACAGGUUCAGGAAGGUAACUUGUCCUUGAGUGAUGCAAUGAACAUUUGUGUGACUGUCGUCAUGUUUGGGAAAUACUCUACAUUAAGAAGCCAGACUACCUCCUGCUAUGAAAGCUGAAGAGGCCAGAUACUUCUUUUCCCAGAAUCCCUUGCAGCGAGGGUGAGGGACAUGACCUGGACUUCUGCUAAUCAGACUGAUCAGACACUCCUGCCAUGGACUUUGGAUCUAAAAGUUGGUAACAUAAAAGGGCAGGAACUGUGCAGAAUCUGUCCUGGUGGCAUGUAUAUGGCACCCUCCAUUUCAAGAGGCAGCUAUAUCAGGGAUUCUAGUAGCAGUACAUUACUGAGUGUCCAUAGGGUUGGCUAUGUGAGUGAUGCCCACAGCAACAGCAAUGGUGCCUGCACCAGACGAGCUCUUUAGUGUGAUUUAGACACACCUGCAGCAUACCUCUGAGCCUGGCUUGGGUCUUCUGGAGAUUCCAGCAACUACCUGAGCCCCUUACAUCAGCAGAAUCACUUCUUGCUGUGUGUAGCUAAGAACUGAACAGCUGUGGGGAAUUUGCUCACGGUCACCCACCUGGGAAGUGGCUCGCGCUAGAACCCAGGACUCCAAAGCUCUUGUUUUUUCCCUACAGAUGCUUCUAGAUGAGGCUGAGUCAUCCAAGGAUUCUACAAAGUGCUGUGGAAUCUUGGAGAAAGUAGAGUUGCUCCAACUGCAGGUAUCCAGAGAAUUUGUGACUUGGUGAAUGUUAAUGAAGGGGUAUUGGCUGAGUGCGGUGGCUCACACCUGUAAUCCCAGCACUUUGAGAGGCCGAGGUGGGCAGAUCACUUGCUAACACAAAAAUUAGCCAGGCGUGGUGGCGUAUGCGUGUAGUCCCAGCUACUUGGGAGGCUGAGGCAGGAGAAUGGCUUGAACCCGGGAGGUAGAGGUUGCAGUGAGCCGAGAUCGCACCACUGCACUCCAGCCUGGGCAACAGAGCAACUCUCCAU